AUGUCUUCCGCAAUCGACGAUACUCCCAUCUCGCCCAUCCUCAACUCCACAACCAAUCAGCAACGCCGUGACUCUCUGGAGAAGCACCUCCAGACCCGCCCGGAGCUACAGGACCUGAAGGACCGGCACAUUUUGCUGAAUACCAGUGUUGCUCCCGGUCUCCAAGCCGCACAGGCAGAACUCGCCCGGCAGCAAGCAACCGAUAGUCUCCGGAAACAUCUCGAAAAACGCCCCGAGCGCGAUGAACUAGUUGAUCGAAACAUCCUCCCCGUCCGCCCCGAUGUGGCGCCUGCGCUCCAAGCUCACGCAAAAGAACUAGAGAAGCACAUGCUCGCCGACAACUUGGAGCACAAGAUCAAGGAAAGACCUGAUCCGGAUCAAUUGAUCGAAAAGGGUAUUCUUGAUAACAGUGAGGAUCCAAGGAGCCCUUCUGAGUAA